AUGACCGUGUCCCUUCAGGGGACACUGGCAUCAGGAGCUACCAGUGACCAGAUCCUGCUGCUGGGCGCGGGCGAGAGCGGCAAGUCCACCUUCCUCAAGCAGAUGCGCAUCAUCCACGGCCGCGAGUUCGACCAGAAGGCGCUGCUCGAGUUCCGCGACACCAUCUUCGACAACAUCCUCAAGGGCUCAAGGGUUCUUGUUGAUGCACGAGACAAGCUUGGCAUUCCGUGGCAGUAUUCGGAAAAUGAGAAGCACGGCAUGUUCCUCCUGGCCUUUGAGAACAAGGCGGGGCUGCCUGUGGAGCCCGCCACCUUCCAGCUGUACGUCCCCGCGCUGAGCGCUCUCUGGAGGGACUCCGGCAUCAGGGAGGCUUUCAGCCGGAGGAGCGAGUUCCAGCUGGGUGAAUCGGUGAAGUACUUUCUGGAUAACUUGGACCGGAUCGGCCAGCUGAACUACUUUCCUAGCAAGCAGGACAUCCUGCUGGCACGGAAGGCCACCAAGGGCAUUGUGGAACAUGACUUCGUUAUUAAAAAAAUCCCUUUUAAGAUGGUGGACGUGGGCGGCCAGCGGUCCCAGCGCCAGAAGUGGUUCCAGUGCUUUGACGGGAUCACGUCGAUCCUGUUCAUGGUGUCCUCCAGCGAGUACGACCAGGUGCUCAUGGAGGACAGACGCACCAACCGGCUGGUGGAGUCCAUGAACAUCUUUGAGACCAUAGUCAACAACAAGCUCUUCUUCAACGUCUCCAUAAUCCUCUUCCUCAACAAGAUGGACCUCCUGGUGGAGAAGGUCAAGACCGUGAGCAUCAAGAAGCACUUCCCCGACUUCAAGGGCGACCCGCACAGGCUGGAGGACGUGCAGCGCUACCUGGUGCAGAGCUUCGACUGGAAGAGACGGAACCGCAGCAAGCCACUGUUCCACCACUUCACCACCGCCAUAGACACGGAGAACAUCCGCUUCGUGUUCCAUGCUGUGAAGGACACCAUCCUGCAGGAGAAUCUGAAGGACAUCAUGCUGCAGUGAGGGAGGACGCCCCUCGCCCGCGCCCACGGCAGCCGGGCCCGCGGGGGCUCCCCGGAUCCGUGCCACCCACGCCCGGCCCCGGAGUGCCGCCGCACCGGCCACGCCGGCCACGCUCCAGGCCGGGGACACGGACACGCGGACGUUAGCUACUGAACCCGGGGCGUAGUCAAACUACUGAGAAUCCAAGGGGUCCCUUUGGUAUUCACGCGUAAUACCUAGUAACACAGCUUUCUCUCUCUCUCCAGAAACUAUUCCUUCUCUGACACGGUUUAAUCGAGGGUGGAGUGUUGACGGUGGGCGUGCACACGCCUGCACACGCACACUCAGUCACGACAGCACAAACAGCUGGCCUUGCAGACGGCUUUUCCCGCUAACUUGCGAGUCUUCCGUGAGACAGACGAGCCCGAGAGCUUUGCCUCACGGUGGUCUGCGGCGCCACCUCCCAAAGCGCACGCGUUGCCUUGGAAAACCCUAGUGCCGGUUCCUUGAGAGACCCUGGUCCAGGCACCCAUGAUCUGGCCAGGGGCCCCCAGCUUUAGAGGGUGGGCGUGGGCUUGCCUUAACACCCCACGGCCGGUGCGCCGGCGGUGGGCACGCCUGUUACACGCACCCGCCCUCCCUCCCCCUGGCCUCGCAGGUGACUCUUCUUUCAAGUCCUGACACCUGCAGUGGGCUGUAUCCGCCUUCCCUUCUUUCGGAAGGUACUAGAGCGCUUCCCCUUCCCCUCGGGGCUUCUGAACACUGGCAGGAUUCCUAGCACAGCCUCUGUGAAUGCCGCAGCUGACCUUUCAGAAAGCCCAGACUCUCAGAGUUUCUGCAGACUGCCCCCACCCCGAUGCCUUUGGACGGCCGGUCCCCGCUUGCAGCUCUGCUGGGGGUCUUGAUUCUUACCAAGGUCUCUUGCUUCCAUUCGUGUACACAUGUCACCAGCAAACACUGCCGGACAUGGCUCUCAUCCGGGAGAAGCUGCCCAAGCCCGUGAGUGUGGACACGGGAGGACAAAUGUCCCUCUCUGUGCCCUUGCCCACUUACCUUUGUGCAGGCGUCGCUCCCUGGCUGUCAGCACACUGCAUCCCAAGCUGGUCCCGCUGUGCGUUCCUCUCCUAGGACGGUGUGUCUGGUGUGUUGGGACUUUCCCCAGCAUUGAAAAGGGAACAAAAAGAGCUUCGUCUAACCGGUACCAGACCAUUACUGUGGCCCCCGUCCCAAGGCCGUCCUCUUCCCAGUCCUGUGUCCCUUUCACAUCUCCCUCCUGGCUCCUUUCCAGCAAGCAAGAUAAACAAGAAUCUUGUGGCAGAUGCUGAUCCAGAAGGAAAGGGCGCGCAACCUGCUUCUGAGUCAUCCUUGUUAUCAGUGUUCAUAAUGAGGCGACAACAUGAAAUUCUUUCUCUUUUGGUGCUCGAGGCUUUGUGUCCGUGUAUGUUAGAGUUCUGGUUUUUUUGGCUGGGAAAAAAACAUGGCUGUUUGUGUACUGCUUCUGGGGCUCCUCAUAAACUGAAGGAUGUGACCCAGGGUCAGUGCCGAUGACCGGGGCUUAAAGGAAAAGGAGCACUCUUGGCAGGCUCCCUCAGGGUGGUCUGGGGUCCUUCCAGCCCUGUCCCCAGGGCGGCGGGCCCCCCCUCACGAGUCACUCACUGUCAGGGCCUCACCAGCUGCCACUUACUGAUGGAGGAGCCGUCACCCUGGCCCCGGCCGCUGCCCGCUGGCACUCGGGGCGCCUUGGGCUGGGCUCCGCCCGCCAUGUGCACCACGCUCCGGCCCCUUUAACACCGCGGGCAGGAGAGGCGGGGCUGCGUGCUGAGCUGCGUGGGGGGCCGGGCAGGCGCCGCGGCCUGGGUCCCUGGGCGGACGGGGUUGGGGGGGUGGUCUCUGAAGGCCCUGGCUCGAAGUUCUGGGCUUCAUCGGAAUCGGGGAAAGAAACUUUUUGCAAGGCUCAACUAAAACCAUUCACAGCUUCCCCACACAUAGACUGUAGUUGUUUUUUGUCUCCAAAACCUUCGGCUUUUGUAUUUUUUUUAUUUUAAUUUCACUGUUAUCCUUGAUUAUUGUCUUUUUUAUUGAGUUGUUGGAGAAGCAGGAGAUAGUCAUGCCUCAUCUAUUAUUGCAAAAAUGUAACAAUAAACUUCCUCAAAAUAA